AUGUCCGAAGACGUUCUUCAAGAUAAUUCGACAGUGGAAUGCUAUCGAAAUGAAGCCUAUGAUUUCAACAGAUAUGCAUUGAUUGUCUAUGUCGGGACGCCGAUAGCGAUUGCCGGAGUUAUAUGCAAUUGGAUAUUAUUUAGGCUCUUUUUGAAAUCGAAGAAUCUCAAGUCACCGACCCUCUAUCUUCUAGUUCUUGCCAUAUUAGAUUUACUCAUGGAUUUACUUUACAUUCCAUUCUUCACCGUCGACGCCUUGGCGAUCUAUCAUGAAAACGAACUUCUGUAUUAUAUGUGGAAUCAGUACGCGCUGUUUAUAUUUGGAUUAAGUAAAAUGAUACAAUUUGCGUCAGCCUACGUCAUCCUUUGUGCCACCAUCGAGCGCUUUAUUGUGGUUGCCGAAAUCAGUUCCCUCAAUUUUUUAAUCUCAGUGACUGGUCGAAAUGGUACCCUGAUAGCCUUGUUCACUGUAGUCAUCGCUCUCAGGCUCCCCGCGUUCUUCGAAUACUACCUUCGCUACCUUCCCAAUUGCCCAUUAUACAAGGAUUAUGAAUAUGUGCCAAUGUUGGCUAGUUGGGAGCAUUAUCAAAUGUUCAAUUUUUAUGUGAUGACGGUCCUUCACAUAUUCGUACCAUUCGCCCUUCUAUUGCUCUUAAAUAUUUCAAUAGUGGUUUUAACAAAACGAAAAUUGAAUGGAAUCGGUUGGGCGAUCACGACAUUCAUUGACAUGCCGAAAGUUAGCGAGCUUAUUCGGAAAGAAUCGCAUUCUUCUAAUAAACGCCGUCGUGAUGAGCUACGGUAUGCAACAUGGACGAUGGUGUCGAUUGCCACCACCUAUCUGUGCUGCUCAUCGCUCUCAUUGCUCAUUGGGGUUUUGGAAAAUGUGUGGCCGGAAAACUCGCUGCUGUUCGACGAGAAUGGCGAUAGCACUCGAUUCUACACCCUCUCAUCGGAUGUGAUCAGCAUUCUCGUCGCCGUCAACAGUCUUCUCCGCAUAUUCGUUUAUAUGCUAUGCAGUCCGAGCUUCAGGGAGCAAUUGUUCAAAGAAUUUCCAUUUGUCAACUUCUGCAAAUGCUGCAAGCCGACAGAGAAAGUCAAGGAGGAAAAGUUUUUCAUUGGAUAUCAGAAUAUGAUAAUGGGUGCGAGAGCCGAUAUGCUUUAA